AUGGGGCAGACGCUCUCAACUCCUCUUUCCCUUACUCUGGACCACUGGUCGGAGGUCCGCAAGCGAGGAUCUAACCUCUCUUAUUUCGUUCAGAAAAGAAAGUGGCGGACCUUCUGUUCCGCCAAAUGGCCGACCUUCGGAGUCAAGUGGCCAGCGGAUGGAGCCUUCGACCUGGACUUGGUCCGGGCAGUACAGGACGUUAUUUUCAGACCUGACCCACUCAGCCACCCUGACCAACAACCCCAUAUUCUUCUUUGGAUAGACCUUUGUGAGAACCCCCCUCCCUGGGUAAAGCCAUUUCUUUCCAAACAGAAGCCGAAAGAAGAAUCCAAGGUCCUCAUGGUCCAGGGAGAAACGACUUCGCCGCCCGCUAACCCCAGACCGCAGGUGCCGUCAGCCCCAAUCCUCCCCGAGUCGCAGGGGGACCUUAUUCUUUUGGAUUCCACCCCUCCCCCUUAUCCAGAAGUGCCACACAUAUACCCAGACCUUCCCCUUGCAGCAGGGGGAGACGGUCCUCCCCCAUGAGACCCAGCUUCUCUGGGCUCUGGCUCCUCUCCUGGCUCCUCUCCCCGCAGGCAGGAGGGGCGGGUUGCCCUCCCCCUGCGUCCGCACGGUCCCAUGACAGACGAUGGGCAUGGGGGGCGGUUGCAAACUUUACAAUAUUGGCCCUUUUCUACCUCGGAUCUUUAUAACUGGUGGAAUAACAAUCCCACUCUUUCCGAGGACCCCACCAGGUUGGCUGGGCUGGUUGAGUCUAUUUGCCACUCCCACCAGCCUACCUGGGACGACUGUCAGCAACUUCUGGACACUCUCUUCACCACCGAGGAGCGGGACCGGAUUCUCCUGGAAGCCCGCAAGAAUGUUCCAGGAGAUGAUGGGAGACCGUCCGCACUCCCUAACGUCAUCGAGGAUCAGUUCCCGCUGCGUCGCCCCAAUUGGGACCCCAACACCUUACAAGGUAGGGAGCAUCUGUCCAAUUAUCGCCAGAUUCUGUUGGCGGGUCUCUGGACUGCCUCCAGGCGCCCCACUAAUUUGGCCAAGGUAAGGGAAGUGAUUCAGGGUCCUGAUGAAUCCCCCACUAGGUUCUUGGAAAGGCUAAUGGAAGCCUUCCGGAGAUACACACCCUUUGACCCUGAGUCAGAACAGCAUAAGGCGUCGGUAGCUAUAGCUUUUAUUGGACAGUCCACUGCAGACAUUCGGAGAAAACUACAAAGACUAGACGAGAUCCAGGAUCUGACCUUACGGGACCUAGUUAAGGAAGCUGAUAAGGUGUAUCACAAGAGGGAAACCCCAGAAUAGAGGGAAGAGAGAAAGGAGAAAGAGAGGGAAGAAAGGGAACGCAAGAGAGUCGAGAAAGAGAAAAGAGAAAGGCGGAGGGACCAGGAAGUGACAAAGAUACUAGCCGCUAUGCUGCAGCAGCCAAGCAGGGUAGAAACUAGAGGGCCUCCCAAGGGGUCCAGUCGACCCCCAGGUCAGGAAUUCAAGACCCCACGCCCGCGACUGCGGUCAGACCAAUGUGCUUACUGCAAAGAGUUUGGGCAUUGGGCCCGCGAGUGCCCCCAGAAAAGAAAAAGAGAAAAGCCUGUAAACUUGCUGGCCCUUGAAGACUAGGGUCGUCGGAGCUCGGACCCCCUCCGCAGGCUCAGUGUAAAGUUUGAAGUGGAGGGGACCCCCAUUGACUUUGAAGUAGACACGAGGGCAAUGCACUCGGUGCUGCAAAAACCUCUAGGGAAACUGUCAACAAAGAGAUCUCUAGUUCAUGGGGCAAACGGCAGCAGCUACCGACCCUGGACCACCAAACGGACCAUGAAUUUGGGAAAAGGAGAGAUCCAGCAUUCAUUCUUGGUCAUACCAAAUUGUCCUGCUCCCUUACUGGGAAGAGACUUGCUAACCAAAUUAAGGGCCAGUAUCGCCUUUGACCCAACGGGCUCCAAGGUAACAUUCCGGAAUCCAUUAGUUGGAUCCGUGGAACUGGACGAUACCCCGGUUACUACCAUACUGACUCUGAGGGCAGAUGAAGAAUACCGACUGUAUCAGGCCGCGACCUCACACGAGCCCCCGUUGGAGGAAGCGGACGACUGGUUAAGACAGUUUUCUGAGGCCUGGGCGGAGACAGCGGGGCUUGGACUAGCCACCCAGCAACCUCCGGUGGUGGUGACCCUCAGGGCCACUGCCACCCCAGUGCAGGUUCGGCAAAACCCAAUGAGCAAAGAAGCUAGGGAAGGGAUCAAGCCCCACAUUCGAAACUUAUACCAGCAGGGGGUGCUAGUGCCCUGUCAAUCAACUUGGAACACACCUCUGCUCCCUGUUAAGAAGCCCGGAACAGGAGAUUACCGCCCAGUACAAGACCUCAGGGAGGUAAAUAGCAGAGUAGAAGAUAUCCACCCCACUGUGAUGAACCCUCAUAAUCUCCUCAGCUCUUUGGGGCCGAACAAAACUUGGUACACUGUCUUGGACUUAAAAGAUGCCUUUUUUAGUUUGCCUUUGCAUCCCUCCAGCCAACCUCUCUUCGCUUUCGAAUGGGCUGACCCCGAAAUGGGGAUUUCAGGUCAACUCACCUGGACGCGACUACCACAGGGGUUCAAGAACUCCCCCAUUUUUGAUGAGGCACUCCAUAAGGACCUGAAUGCCUUCUGCCGGGGAAACCCAGAAGUAACCCUGUUACAGUACGUAGAUGAUCUGUUGCUGGCGGCCGAAUCUGAGGAGGCCUGUGAGUGUGGGACACGGACUCUGCUCGCCGAGCUGACUAGAUUCGGAUACCAAGCCUCUUUUCGAAAAGCUCAGCUAUGCAAGAGAGAGGUAACGUUCCUGGGCUAUAAGAUCCGGGGAGGGCACCGCUGGCUUACAGAGGCCCGGAAAAAGAUGGUAACCCAGAUCCCCACCCCCAGUUCCCGCCGUCAGCUAAGGGAAUUUCUAGGGACGGCAGGAUUUUGCCAACUGUGGAUCCCCGGGUUUGCCUCCCUAGCCGCGCCUCUGUACCAUCUUACCAAAAAUGACAUCCCCUUUGAGUGGGGACUCGAGCAACAGAGGGCAUUUGAUGACAUCAAGAAGGCUUUGCUCAGUUCACCAGCAUUAGCCCUCCCUGACGUAGAAAAGCACUUUACCCUCUAUUUGGAUGAGAAAGAGGGGAUAGCCAAGGGUGUAUUGACUCAAACUUUGGGACCAUGGAAAAGGCCGGUGGCCUAUUUGUCAAAAAGGUUGGAUCCUGUCGCUAGUGGACGGCCCCGGUGCCUGAAGGCAAUGGCAGCUGCGUUUCUCUUGGUAAAAGACGCAGACAAGCUGACGCUAGGGCAGAAAGUGACGCUGAUAGCUCCACACACAUUGGAGAGUGUAGUUCGCCAACCCCCCGACAGGUGGCUCACAAACGCCCAUAUCACAUAUUAUCAAAGCAUCCUGUUGGACAAAGACCGGGUGAUUUUUGGCUCCCCUUCCAUCCUGAACCCCGCCACUCUACUACCCGAUGAACAGCGGGAACCGGUCUUACACACUUGCCAAGACAUCCUAGCCGAAGAGAUGGGAGUCAGGCGAGAUCUAAAGGACCAGCCCCUGCAGAACCCAGACGUUACCUGGUACACAGACGGGAGCAGCUUUCUCCAGGAUGGAAAGAGGAGGGCGGGGUCAGCCGUGGUGAGCGAACGCCCUACCCGCUGUGCUAUCGCUACCAUAUGGACUGAAAAAUUGCCUGAAGGAACCUCGGCUCAGAAGGCCGAGCUCAUUGCCCUGGCCGAAGCAUUCGAACUGGCAGAAGGUAAGAGAGCUACAAUUUAUACUGACAGUCGGUAUGCCUUUGCCACUGCCCACAUACAUGGGGCCAUUUACCAGCAGCGGGGCCUUUUGACAUCGGCCGGGAAAGAGAUCAAAAACAAGCCCGAGAUUUUACGGCUCCUGGCAGCAGUCCUCCUCCCUGCUGAAAUAGCCAUCGUCUACUGCCCGGGUCAUCAGCGGGGAUCAGACACGGUGGCCACUGGGAACCACAAGACAGACGAGCAAGCCCCUUGGGCAGCAGCCUCCUCCCUGACUGCGUCAAUCCAGGUGGCUGAGGAAGGGUCAGAAUUGAGGGAUGAUGGGCAAGAGGCGGAGGCUCCACAGAAAAGCAGUGACAGGUAUGAGGGGGACGAUCACCAGCAGGCCUUGACUUACUUACAGACUCUUCACAAACUUACCCACUUGGGGCCCCGAAAAAUGGCUGAAAUACUGAAAACCCAGACCUUUGGCCUGAUUGUUGAGGAGGGACAGCAAUUGGCCAAGGCCAUAGUAGCGGACUGUAAGGCUUGUCAAAAGGUUAAUGCCUAACCAGCAGGUAGGAUAGUUAGUGCAGGGGCAAGACUCAGGGGGGACUGACCGGGGCAGUAUUGGGAGAUCGACUUCACAGAAAUAGUUCCGGCUAGAUAUGGACUCAGGUAUCUACUUGUGAUGGUGGACACGUUCUCAGAAUGGCCCGAGGCCUACCUGACAAAGGGAGAAACUGCACAAGUAGUAGUGAAGAAGAUUAUGGAAGAAAUCUUCCCCAGGUUCAGUCUUCCCCAUACUAUAGGGUCUGACAAUGGGCCGGCCUUUGUGGCCCAAGUAAGUCAGGGACUGGCUAAGGCACUGGGGAUAAAUUGGAAAUUGCAUUGUGCAUACAGACCCCAGAGUUCAGGACACGUAGAAAGGAUGAACAGAACCAUAAAGGAGACCUUAACUAAACUAGCUGUAGAAACCGGCUGGAAAGAUUGGACCAUGAUCCUACCUUAUGCCCUAUUCCGAGCCCGAAACACCCCUUCCCUGACUUUGCUAAACCUGACCCCCUAUGAGAUCCUACAUGGAACUCCCCCUCCUGUGAGGGACUUGAAUUUAUUUGAUGGCAUGACCCCUUUGUCUACCCCUCUAAUUGCCAGGCUGAAAGCAAUCGAAACAGUCCAACACUCGGUCUGGAAGCAGUUGGCUGCCGCAUAUCAGCCUGACGACCUGCAGGUGCCACAUCGGUACCAGGUUGGGGACACGGUCUAUGUCCGCCGACACCAAGUCCGGACUCUGAAACCUCGGUGGAAGGGACCCUACCUGGUGAUCCUGACCACCCCGACUGCCAUGAAGGUCGAUGGCAUCGCCGCAUGGAUCCAUGCCUCUCACCUCAAACCUGCCCCUCCAACCAAAUCUGCUUGGAAGCUGGAGAAGACUGAGAAUCCCCUCAAACUGCGUAUUCGCCGUCAGUUCAACCACUACGUCACGGGUAACCGGUGCCCCACUGACCCCAACCGGAACCCCACCAACCCCAUCUACACCUCCAUCUAA